CACAUACCUACAAAAUCCUAAUUCGAAACGUAAAAAAUUGGCAAUAUGCUUAACAAUCUAAAAUUCAAAAUCAUAUUGAUGUCAUAUGUUUUUCCUUCGGAAGUUAACUGUAAGAACCGUAACUGUACUUCUCUUAUAUCAGAUAAAAGUCCACGAGGUUAUCCGGUGUACAAAUUAAUAUACAGAUGCUGUCUUAACUACCAUUUACUAAAUGGAAAAUGUGAAGAAUGUCCACCAGGAACGUACGGGUCACAUGGGAUGUGCGAUAAACCGUGUCCAGAGAACAGUUAUGGGAGAUUUUGUUCCCUGACAUGUCAAUGCGAAAAGAAUGAAAGAUGUCAUGCUGUUCAUGGUUGCACGUGUACAAGCAAUUCCACUUGCAGAAAUAUUCAUUUAAGUACAGAAGAACAGAUGAAUGUGGCGGAUUUUAAUUUCACCAGUACUACUGCCUGUAAGAACACUCAAAUAGAUAUGUGA